ACUUCCGCUAUGUGUCAAACGGGUGGUGGAGGGGUUUUAUAAGAAAGUGAGGAUUCCAUGUUUUUUACGUAAUGAUGAGUUGUUAUAAGAGGGCCUUGAGGAGGAAUUCUGGGCUGUUGUCUGUCACUUUGGAGUAACAUGGAGACAUCAGUAGACAGAGGAGAGGGCCACGUCAGCUCGUUCUGCCAGAGUAACCCACUUUAUGACAUGGACAUGAAACUGAGCAGGACUGACCUGUACACCUUCCAGAGCAGUGAUCUAAAACCAGCCAAGGCCAGAGGAGCACAGCGAUGUCUAAAUGUUAUUGUCGUUUACCUCAUCCUUCUGACUGCACUGAAUGCCUUCCUCCUUUACAAAGUGUUUUCGAUGGAGGCUAGUAGUCUCUCCUCCUCUGGCUCCAGAACAGCGAAGCUGACCGACAAUCACAUCCCCCUGGAGGAGGACCUCCGUACCCUUGCCAGAAACACCAGCUUGGAGACCAUCUCUCUCAGAGGAUACCUGGGGAAGUUACAGACCCAGGUCUCCAGCUUCUGUGGGGAGGAUGGCCAGCUGGGCCAGCUGAGAACAAACCUGGGUGCGGUCAAUGCCAGCACCACUCUCCUUCAGGACUCAGUGAAAGCAUUCAGAUUACUCAAAGCUUCACCAGGCCCACAGGGACCUACUGGUCCACCUGGUGCGAGGGGGUUACCUGGUGUGAGGGUGGACAAGGGAGACAGGGGUCAGACAGGACAAAAAGGAGACCCUGGAGUUGAUGGCCAGACUGGUGCCAAGGGAGAAGCAGGGGAACCAGGACCCGAAGGUGAAGAUGGUACCACUGGACAACAAGGACCAGCUGGAACACCAGGCGGUGCAGCUACUAACUGUUCAGGAGCCCCUGGGCUGCCAGGACCACAGGGACCAAAGGGGGAUAUGGGACACAUUGGUUUACCAGGGAUACCAGGCCAAAAUGGGAUCAAAGGGCACACUGGAGCCCAGGGCCGUGAUGGAGUACAGGGGGCCCCUGAUUUGAAGGGUGACACAGGGCCGACAGGACUACCUGGACCCAUAGGACCUGAAGGACCAAGAGGACUUGCUGGUGUUAAUGGAACAAGAGGACUUGUUGGAUUUCCAGGGUUGCCGGGAAGUCCCGGACCGCUAGGUCCACGUGGAGAGAAGGGUGAAAGAGCAGCUGGAUCAGUGACAGCAAAUGUGCGUAUCGCUGGCGGGGGGACUCGUGGGAGAGUGGAGGUGAUGUGGUCGGGGCAGUGGGGUACGGUGUGUGAUGACGGCUUUGACACUCUGGACGGGACAGUGAUCUGCAAGAUGCUGGGGUACCAACGAGCCUCCACAGUCUUCACAGCCAGCCAUGGAAUCGGUAGGAUCUGGUUGGAUGACCUGCGAUGCACAGGCAGAGAGGCCAGUGUGUUUAAUUGCCUUCACAAUGGUAUGGGCAUCAGCAACUGUCAACACAACGAGGACGCUGGGGUGCAGUGUGUGUGAAUGUGUCCUGGAUCCAGAGUAGGAGAGGUGCACAGCAAGAGAGAGACGUACACAUACACGUACACACACACACACACACACACACACACUAAAGUAUGUCCACACAUACAUUAACAUGUUACAGAUGGUAAUUCAUGUUACUGUGACUUGUUACAUCUACUGUAUCUUAUUUUUUUUUUAACAACAUUAGUAAGUCAUUGUUGAUAUAAACUUGGCAUUUACCUAACGUGUAGCUAACUUAGGCCUACCCAUUGUCUCACGUCAGAUGGUGUCACUCCUACGUGACGCUCGUCCUUCAAACUAUCAGUCUUGUAGGACGUGGAACUCAUCUCUAAAAAUCUAGAUUUUGCUCAUCUGCCGAACACUAGUUCCUAACUCUAUGACGUAUCUAUGACGCACUGACUACUACCAUGCUUGAUCAGCUGAGCAAACUUGCCCAAGCUAGGAGCCUAGUGAUAACUUGUUUGAAUGGCCAUUACUGUAGCUAUUUUGCCAAUCUUGUUGAUGAAUAACCAAAGUUAUGGGACUGUUCUAAGAAAUCAGCAUGUAUCUGACUCUGACAGCUGGCACUGUGCCUCACUACUUUGUAACAUUUGGCCAAUACAAUAACAUCGCAGCUAGCCUAAAGCAGUCAAGCUGUGCUGCAAAACUCACUAAUCACAGCAAAACAGAAACUGCCUUAUCAUGAAAACUCGUGCUAUUAGCUAGAAUAUCACUACACUAGCUAGCUAGAGGGAGUAUUCAGCAUUGAGUGUGUGAACUGUCGUUGUUAGCAUCCCUUGCUGUGAGACUGGUUCAGUCAGCAAGCAGACACUAGCUAGCUAAUUUUCGUGCACAUUUAGAUUUUCAGGAACUCUUAUUCUACACCCACAAAACACCUUUGCUAAAUGUAGAAUUAGGGUAUUGAAGAAUUUGUGAUGAACUAUUAGCUACAGGUUUAUAGUUUUAAGAUCAACUCUGACUCUUAUGAGGAUUCAAGGGGGUUCAGUGGACGAUGUCACCUUGAUAAAAUGUUCGAAUAUUAGGACAGCAUAUUGUAGUCAAACUUAUUUUUAGCUUUCCCAUGAGUGUUUUCAAGUUAUCAGAGAGAUGAGUGCAGACGCACUGAUGUGAGCCUUCGCACUGAUGUGAGACAAUGAGGCCUACCUGUAAUAAUGUACCCUGAAGGAAGGUUUAUACAGAAUACAUGGUAUUUUCUGAAUUGCACUUUGUAAACAACCAGUUUAAUUAAUCAGUUUGAAAUAAAACACUGAAGAAUCUGA